AUGGCAAACGCAGCGGAUAGUCAGCCUUUCUUCGAGCAACAUGCUCGCAAGACCGGGAUGGAGCAGCAACUCUUGGACAAAUUCAUAGCUGGAGGGGUCAAGACGGUGUCCAUGGCAGCCUAUGCCGCCACUCAACCGGGUCAACCUCUCACAGACAGGGAGGUCUCCACUCUAUGUACGAGUCUGGGGCAGAACAACCCCACUCUUGCACAAAUGACGGUCGUCAAGAGGCUCCUGUUCGAGUGCCAGACCAUGAGUCUGGCAAACUUGAAGGCCACCGUGGAACAGCAGCCGGACUCAGUUCUACGUAAGCUGCCAGGAGCUGAGAGAGCCCAGCGCCUGGAAUUGCAGGCUCAAAGGCUGGGCGGACUCUCGAUUGAGCACGACUUGGAGCCCGCCUUUUCAGUCUAUGAUGCUGUGUCGACACAGGUAGAGCAAGGGUCGCUGAAAUACCUUCACCCGAGCAAGAUCCCCACGCGUCGCCAGGAAUUGGCGCAAGGCAAGCCAGCCAAGGAACUUGUGUUGGACGCUUCGGGGGACGGCCUCUCGGUUCAGGACAAAUCCUCUAAAGUCGAGGCCCAGUUGGGGUCAGACAUGGCGACUUACAGGGCAUUGCAAAGAAGGGGUCUGGCCUACGACCUCGUUGGCGUUUUGAGUUUCAAGGUGCACGAAAAAUGGCUUCAGAAGGCCUUUGCUACCUUGCAGACCCCAGCGCCCCCAGGCUUCAACCGUCCGACGCUGCAGCAGGUCCUGCGAGCAGAUCGGGCCUUGUGGAUGGAGCUUGGCAGCAAACAACCGACCCUGACAAGGGCAGCGGCGAACGCGCCGCUCGCGGACGCCCGGUGCUUAGAUCAAGUCUUCCUGGAAGCCACCAACACGGUUGCAGUCAAUUUUCACUUCAUGCCGACACCUCGUGCGGAAGGGUUCACAGAUAAAGGCGGCAAAGGCGCGGGCAAGGGCCCCAAGCGUUGGGGCGAUGGAAAGGGGUAUGGGCAAUGGAAAUAUCAGAGGACCGACAAAGGGGACAAGGGCCAGGGAGGCAAAUCAGGUUUCAAGGGAGCCCGCCUCCCACGAAGGCCAAAUUCGACAGUGGCAAGGGCGGCUUUCCGAAUAAGUCCCUCGUCUUGCAAGGAGGCAAGGGUGAGACCCCCAUGCCGGCCGCCUUGCGAGGCGGCGUGCCGAACGACGAGCAUGGAGAUCCUCUUUGUUUUGGCUUCAACCUAG